AUGAUGGAGAUUCCUAUUAUUACCACCGUUAGUGAACUACGCCAGCUACGGGCAAAGUUUGGCGAAGAAUCUGUUGGGUUUGUUCCAACAAUGGGCUACCUCCAUGAGGGCCAUAUGUCAUUAGUUGGCAGAUCAACCAAGGAAAAUCAGCACACAAUUAUCUCCAUCUUUGUUAACCCAUCGCAGUUUGCCCCCGAAGAAGACCUGGACACUUAUCCAAGAGAUAUAGGACAUGAUGUAGCUGUUAUUGAAGCUUAUUUGAAGAAGCACGGUGGAAAAGUAGACGCUAUUUUCAAGCCUGAAGUUAAUGAAAUGUACCCCUCUGGUUUCACCAUGAAGAGAGAGGAACAAAGAGGCGCUUUUGUUGAGGUUUUAGGCGUGUCCGAUGUUUUGGAAGGCAAGACCAGGCCAUCUUUCUUUAGGGGUGUCGCCACUGUCGUGACAAAGCUGUUUAAUGCAGUGAAACCAACAGUUGCCUAUUUUGGACAAAAAGAUAUCCAACAGACAGUAGUGAUAAAAAUGAUGGUUAGGGAUUUGCUGAUGGAUUUAAGUGUAGUUGUUGUUCCAACAGUUAGAAAUAAGUCGGGAUUAGCUUUGAGCUCAAGAAAUAAGUAUCUUUCUGAUGAUAUUCUGAAGCAAGCCGAAUGUCUCAACCAAAGUAUGCUCUUGGCCAAUGAAAGUUAUCAAAAGGGAGAGACAGACGUGGCAAAAUUGUCAGAGUCUAUCAAAUCGCUCAUUGAAGGGACCAACCCCGCCUUUAAAAUAGAUUACGUGGCAUUCAAUGAUCCGGUGACCCUUGAAUACAUCAACAAGAUCGACAUCUCGAAGGGUUGCAUUCUGUCCAUGGCAAUUUACGUUCCAAACACGACAAGCAAAGAUGAGAAAAAGUUCACUAGACUUAUAGACAACAUGGUUUUUAAUCCUUUAUAG